GAGAUCCUGUAUAGAUCAUAGAUGCUUGCAGUUAUCGCACAGCGUAUUUCGUUGUUUAUCAGCGAGAGAUUUCAUGUUAAUAAGUAACUAACACUUAUUGACAAGCACCUUAUCACUGGAGUGGCGAUUUUAAAUAACGUUUGAGCAUGGUAAAAGAAAACAAUAUGCCCGAUAGCAUCCAUAAUUCGCAGAACAAAACACCGAACGUCAACUACUCGUCGGGUACGGCUGGCGGCGCUGACAAAAGAGUGAACAACAUGGCGACGAACAUGAAAACCAACAAGAAAUGGGUGCGGUUAGCGACAGUUUUCGCUUAUGUGCUCUCAGUUUCGUUAGCUGCAAUAAUACUAGCAAUAUACUACAGUUUCUUCUGGAAAGGUGAGAUGACAUAUAAUACAACAGAAGGCACGGACACCGGAGAGGAAACUGCAAGUUUAACAACUCCGUCAGGAAUACCCGCAACGCAGGCUUCUUGAACGUAACUUGCUGACAAGUCUAGAGGAAAAAGGAACAUUUGAGAUUGCUGAAAGACUAAAUAAGAAUAUAUUGCUUACUGGAUGUAAAUAUUGAGAAGACGUGUCUUUAACUUUACAUGGAAUAAUGACUAAUAUUUAUACAUAUAGAAGACUUUACUAAAUCUACUUUUUGUUAAAGAAUGAAGAAUGUAUCAAAUAGAUCAUUAAAAAAAAGUAACCAAAAACUUCAAUACAUUCGUACCUUGAUGUGCCCUGGUGUUUACUGAAUACCCAAACACCCACAACUAUGUAAGUUACACCAGUGAAAGUUACAAUAUAGUAAAACAAGGUUUUUUUUGUAAUCUGUAAAUAUGUGAUAAUUUUUUUACUCAGGAAACUGCCAAAGCUUGUAUGUGUACUACAACUGUUAGGUCUGUUGACAUUGUGGCAGGUGUGCAAGUAUGUGUUACAGUCUAAGGCUAGUAACACACAAACCAUGUCUUUUAUAUUUGUAUUUAUUCAUUUCUAACAUGUCUGAAAAUUUAAAAAAAAUUAUAAUAUCUAAUUAUGUUUCUUUUUUUCUAAAACUGCCAUCAGAAAUAUUUGUAAUCCAUUUGUUCAGGCAUUCAGGCAUUCCUACAAA